CUUUAAACAUUAACAAUACGUGGUUUGGUAUAUAUUUUCAUUUGAUACUUUAACUUUGGCUGUUAAAAAGUCAAUUAAUUAUUCAUGAGUCUUCUACUACCAUCCCAGGAAAACAAAGCUACAGGGGGUGCGGUUUUUCCUGUAGUCGAGAACGGAAGCGGAAAUUCGGCCAUCUCCUCGUACAUUCAAGCUACAGCAGGUUUUCGUCUCCCUGUGCCUGAGGUUUCGCGACCCAAUGUUGCCACGGGAAGAAACAGACAAACUGAGACAUAGCACUCCAUGAAUGAGUGGCUCACCAGCCAGAAAACACAAAAAUAUACCAAGAGGAGAGAGCCUUAUUCUGCAUCAUUCUUGUGUAACAGAUUGCAACAGAACUCGACGGCCAGACCGUUGCCAUGUCGACCUCAUCGCUACGGCGACAAGUAAAGAACAUCGUCCACAACUAUUCAGAGGCUGAAAUCAAGGUUAGAGAGGCGACAUCCAAUGACCCAUGGGGCCCCAGCAGCUCUCUGAUGUCAGAGAUUGCUGAUCUGACCUACAAUGUUGUGGCCUUUUCGGAAAUCAUGAGCAUGGUGUGGAAGCGCCUCAAUGACCAUGGCAAGAACUGGAGACAUGUGUACAAGGCUAUGACUCUUAUGGAGUACCUGAUCAAGACGGGUUCAGAACGUGUUGCCCAACAGUGCCGAGAGAACAUAUACGCAGUCCAGACCCUCAAGGAUUUUCAGUACAUAGACAGGGACGGCAAAGACCAGGGGGUGAAUGUGCGAGAGAAAGCCAAACAGCUGGUGACACUGCUGAAAGAUGAAGAGAGACUAAGAGAGGAGAGGAUCCACGCCCUCAAAACCAAAGAAAAGAUGGCACAGACCUCCAGUGGUGAGAUGGCCUCCUCAGCUCCCUCAGCACCCAGCCUGGGGGGGAGCCUGUCAGUGGGCUCCCACUCUGGAGGGGCAGACCCUGAGCAGGCCUGGCCACAGAGCACUGGAGAGGAAGAUCUGCAGCUCCAGCUGGCUUUGGCCAUGAGUAAAGAAGAGGCAGAGCAGACUAGCAAGGACCCUCUGGAGGACGCAGAGCUCCGCUAUGCAAUUACACUCAGCAAAGAGAUGCAACAAAAGGAAGAGCGACUGCGCAGAGGUGAUGACCUGAGACUGCAGAUGGCCAUUGAGGAGAGCAGGAGGGAGAAGACUAAGCCUGAGGAUGGCGCUCUGAUGGAGCUGGGUGCCGUGGACCCCUGGGGAGCCCCUGCUGCAGCCACUGUGGGCUCUGCCGGCCCCUCACCUCCACCCACAGUUCCUGCCCCUGCUGCCUCAGGUCCGUGGGGCGCAGCCCCAACAGACCCAUGGGGUGUAGCGUCACCCACAUCUCCUACAAGCUCUGACCCCUGGGGUGGGGGAGCCCCACCCAAUAUAGCCCCUCCUCCAGACCCCUGGGGAGAGACGUCCAACAGAGUUAACAACGUCGACCCCUGGGGGAGCUCCGCUGUGACCCCCCCCAGUGUCGAUCCCUGGGGCCCCUCAGUGCCACCCAGCACGUCCUCCUCCGGGGGGCCAGUAGACCCCUGGGCAAGGGACGGGCCUGUCCCUGCCUCUGACCCUAUCACCUCUGACAUCUGGAGUGGCACCGCCAAACACACAAAUGGCACAGGAGACCCAGAGCGACGAGGGUCCCCAGCAACAGGUUGUGACAGUACAGGCUCACCGGUGCCCUUUGACCUGUCAUCUCUUGGUUCUUCACUUCCUGUUCGUAAGACUCCGGAGUCCUUCCUUGGCCCCAACGCUGCGCUGGUGGAUCUUGAUUCCCUGGUGUCGUCUAAACCCAAACCCAAACAGCCACCGCCUCCUUCUAUCUCUUCCUCUUCAGCACACAACCCCUUCCUCCAGAACACCGGCUCAUCUCCUGUUCCUGGCAUGGCAGUGACUCCAGGCAGCACCAUUUCCAGUAGGGGGGUUUCUCCAAUACCUGCCUCCUCCAACCCUUUCGGCGUCGCUCCAUCCAUGACCUCCAUCUCACCUCAGCCCUCAUCACUUGGCCUGAGCGGCCUCCGCUCCAGUCCUGUGCCUCCCAAUCCCAUGCUGGGCAUGGUGCAACCAGGAAUGGGCAUGGGGCCAAUGAGUGUGGGUAUGGGGGCUCCAGGAAUGGGCCUGGGCAUGAUGCAGGUCAGUCCUAUGGGCAUGCCCUACGGCGGGCUCUCACCUAUGGCACCCCCAGGCUCGGCUCUGUUGGGGCCCGGAGGCGCAGCACCUCCUCAGCUGAUUUUGGGUGGGCCCACUGGAACAGGAGGAGUGAUGGGGGCAGGAGGGUCAGUGGGAGGCGGAGGAACGACGGGAGCGAGCACCAACCCUUUUCUUCUUUGAAGAAGUGUCACCACUACUUUGCUCUUAUGUUUCAACCUCCUCUGUCGUACCUGCUGCCCCCCUUCAUUCCCCCCCCCCCCCCCAAACACAAUUUGUGUCCAAAAAGAAAAAAAUGUGUACAUCUCUAUAUUUAAAGAAAAAAAAAAAAAAAAUCAGAAAUUAUGUUUAUCCUUCAAAAGCAUUACUUCAUUUCAGAAUAAUUUUCCACAUUUAGUUCCUUUCAUUUCAGUAUGCUUGUUUGUGGGCGGGAAAUAGAGAUCUAUUUAUUUUGUUUUAGUCCUGUUCUGUUCUGUAUCGUUCUUCUGUUGUGUUUUUUUCAGUCUUGUCUUGAGGUGAAGGUAAGUCUGUGAGGCCAGGAUGCUUUUUCAGUAGUGUCACUCUACUCUAUUGUAAUAGUACUGCACUGAGAGAGAGAUGGAGGGAGAGGGGACAUAGCCACUAACAAACUGAAUAGAAAAACUGUUGUACCUGCCUCUUCCUCUUCUCUCCCUCUAGAAUGAAGACAAACACUGAAUCACUGAAAUGAAACAAGUGCAUGAAGGAUGAUUUUUAAUGAACUCCAGACUGAGAUAAGGACUGAAAACCCUGCAUUAACAUUUCAGGCACAAUGUGGUCAAAUUGUUUCAACUAUUUCACUUUUAAUUUAAUGUUAAAUGUAAUUUAUUUUUUUCCAUUUUUUGGGAACAAAUAAACAAGGAAAAUCACACGAUGAUGCCAUUUAAAUCAAAUGCUUAUUUUUUUCCCACCUUCCUUACUAUUGUAGAAAACUAAAGAGAGCUCUAACAUCUGUGGUCUGAUGGGAAAAAAAUAUGGGAUGUUUGUUGAGUGUGUGUGUUUGCAGCAAUGUGCGAAUGAGAAUAUGAAUGCUCAUUUGUGAGUAUGCAAUAGUUUCUGUGUAUAUGUAUCAAUAUCUGUCUCCAUUUCUUUGUGUCCGAACUUAUUUUAGUGACUCAGAAAGGACGAAAUGACAUCCAUUAUUUUUGUUUUUAAAAAUUGUCACUUGUAUUAAUACUAUGUAAUGUUGGGAUUUCAAAUGAGGUAUUAUAAGGGUCACUCAUUUUUCUGCCAAUCAUAUUUCACACUUUAUUUUUUUGUUAAUCAGAAGCAUUAGAUUUUUUUCCAAUCGCACAUUUUAUAUGGGAUCCCUGGUGUCCAGGUGGCCCAGAGCACCACUCUCCACCUGUUUCAUCCCUCUUUCCUUCAGGGAGGGAGAGUACUGAUGCUUCGAUAAAAAAUAAAAGACAAUUAUUUCAAUGAAUGAAUGAAAGGAAGAAAACAACCUGGGGCUUGACAACAUGCUUCAUGCUGUUCUUUUAAUUUAGUUUGAUGAAUUUAUUGUUAUUUUAUAUCAACAAGAAAAAAAAUAUCUCUUUUAUCAGGUAAGGUUGAAUUUUGUGUGGUGAUGACUGUGAACAUUCACAUUUGAAAAGUAAAAUGGAAAAAAAAUCAAAAGGAAUUUAUGAAAUAAAACAAAAACACAGGA